GCCAUUUUACUUCCGUUCCAUUUGCUAGCUUCUAGCCAUUGACAUAUAUACUAGCUAACAUUAGCUGUUUAGUUCUUCUGUCACCGUCUGUGUGUUUGAUGAGGUGUGGAGGAAAGAGGAGAUGUGGUCCUUUUUUGCCAGGGAUCCUGUCAAAGACUUUGCUUAUGAAAUUCUGCCAGACAGCCAAGAGACGUCUGGAAUAUGGACUCUACAUCGGGGGAAGCGAAAGACCAACGGAGAGCCAGUGUCGGUGUUUCUGUACGAGGUAGCACAGGGAACAGAGCAGCAAACCCAGCUAGCCAAGGCUGCCUUCAAGCGUAUGAAGACCCUGCGUCACCCUAACAUCCUGGCUUAUGUGGAUGGAUUGGAGACCGAGAAGAGCCUGUACCUGGUUACUGAGCAGGUGACACCCCUGGCAAUCCACCUAAAGGCCCAGGCAGAGAAGGGUGGAUCUGGCGAACUGGAGGUCUCCUGGGGUCUGCACCAGAUAGUUAAAGCUCUGAGUUUCCUGGUAAACGACUGCCACCUGCUUCAUAACAACUUGGGGGUAUCGGCUGUUUUUGUGGAUCGAGCUGGGGAGUGGAAGCUGGGGGCCCUCGACCACGUGGCCCCUGAACAGGGUGACCCAAGUGGGGUCUCACUCCCUACCCCCAAGGCUGUUUACCCAGACAUGGAGAGAUAUGACCCACCAGAGAUGUCCAAUAGCAGUGGGGAGAAAUGGGCAGGGGAGGUGUGGCGGCUAGGCUGCCUCAUCUGGGAGGUGUUCAACGGGCCACUACCUCGCACAUCCUCCCUUCGCUCACUGGGAAAGAUCCCCAAGGCCCUGGUCCCUCAUUACUGUGAGCUGGUGGGGGCCAACCCCCGAGCUCGGCCCAACCCAGCCAGCUUUCUCCAGAACUGUAGAGCCCCCGGGGGAUUCCUCAGCAACAGUUUUGUUGAGAGCAACCUUUUCCUGGAGGAAAUACAGAUCAAGGAGCCGGCUGAGAAGCAGCAGUUCUUCCAGGAUCUGAGUGACAAUCUGGACUCCUUCCCGGAAGACUUCUGUAAACACAAGGUCCUGCCUCAGCUGCUCACCGCCUUCGAGUUUGGCAAUGCAGGUGCCGUAGUCCUCACACCGCUUUUUAAGGUGGGGAAGUUCCUGUCAGCAGAAGAGUACCAACAGAAGAUCAUCCCUGUUAUAGUGAAGAUGUUCUCCUCCACAGACCGAGCCAUGAGGAUACGACUGCUGCAGCAGAUGGAGCAGUUUAUUCAGUAUCUGAAUGAGGCAGCAGUCAAUUCCCAGAUUUUCCCUCACGUUGUUCACGGCUUCACAGACACCAACCCUGCCAUCAGAGAACAGACUGUUAAGUCUAUGUUGCUGAUGGCUCCCAAGCUAAAUGAGACAAACCUGAACCAGGAGCUGAUGCGUCACUUUGCCCGGCUGCAGGCCAGAGAUGAACAAGGGCCAAUCCGGUGCAACACCACCGUCUGCCUGGGCAAGAUUGCCUCCUACCUCAAUGCAGGGACUCGACAACGUGUUCUUAUUUCUGCCUUCUCACGAGCAACUAAAGACCCCUUUCCAGCUUCACGCUCUGCCGGUGUACUUGGCUUCGCCGCCACACACAACUUCUACAGCUUAACAGAGAUCGCUGCCCGCAUCCUGCCCACCCUCUGUGCCGUUACUGUUGACCCUGAUAAGAGCGUCAGGGACCAGGCAUUUAAAGCCAUCAAGAGUUUCCUUUCCAAGCUGGAGACCGUGUCAGAAGACCCCACCAAGCUGGCUGAUAUGGAAAAGGAUGUAGCGUCAUGUGCUCAGCCUGCAGGUGCCUCUUCCAGCUGGGCCGGCUGGGCCGUGACUGGCAUGUCCACCAUAACUUCUAAGCUGAUCCGAAACGCUCCAGGGACAGAGGGGGGUGCAGCAGCCGAGGGCAGUGAGCCCACCAACACCCCCAGCCCUACCGGUGCCACUGACGGAGCACCUUUACCUGGUUCUGAAGCUAAAAUUCCACAAGCCUCUGUGACUCGUCAUGUUGCCACAAGUGGUGCCAACCAAUCGCAGACUCAUGAAGUAACAAGCAACAAUGACGAGCCAAUAGGAGACCGCUGGGAUGAAGAGGAGGACUGGGGAAGUUUGGAGGAGCCAGAGAAAGCUCACACUGAGCCAGAUGACUGGAACACUGACUGGUCAGGAAUGGCAUCAUCCAAAAAGAAGGCCAGUGACAAAGGAGUGGGCCGGUCGUCGUCCUCCAUGGCAGUGAAGAAGCAGAGCGCUGACUGGAGCAGCUCAGGCUGGGACGCCGACGACAGCUGGUCCAACGACAAGGAGGGGCAGGGUCAGAGCUCGGCGGGCGAGGAAGGCUGGGGCAAUGACUGGGGGGAGGAGGACACAGACACAACCUUGGCCAAUACGACGCUCCCCCUGCCCGAAGGGGUGCGGUUAGCCAGCGAGUACAACUGGGACAGCAGCAGCUCAGCCAACAAGGGGGCUAGCCAGAACGAUCUGUUCGCCAGCGUGUCCCAGAGAAACCCAGCCGGCACUGCUGCCACCACGACUGGAGAUGGCUGGACUGCAGAGGCAACAGGAGACUGGGGAGCUGAGGAGAGCUGGGAGUCAGUGGAUGGCAACCAGGGUCUCAGCAAGGCCGAACUUUCCAAGAAAAAACGGGAAGAGAGGAGGAAAGAGCUGGAGGCAAAACGGGCGGAGCGCAAAGCUGCUAAAGGUCCUCUCAAACUGGGUGCACGCAAGCUGGACUGAUGGGGAUCCAAAGCAAGAUUUGAGGGUGGGGAGGUAGAGGGAGGAACCAUAGACCACAGUGACUGGAGCCAGAGCAGUAGAUGGAGGCUUAACAUUCCACAAACAAAGGACCAGAAAGAAGUUUUAGCAGUGAACGAAAUACUGUGAACGAGUGUGAAAGAUGAAAACGUUACAGUUGGUCAGUAGAUGACUCUCAGCUUUGGGAUUCUGUCUUUCUUCAUUCGGGAACUGACAGAUGGGUGAAAAGGCAACAAUCUAGUGCUUUAUGAAUGCAUUAUUGUGGAUGGCAGAGCUGAAACAAACACAGGGACAGAAAGAUGGAAGAGCAGCAGCCCGAGUUGAACACAAAAUGUGCCCCCCACUCAUUAAGUUGCAGUUGUAAAGUAAAUGUAUAUAAACAGUGCAUUUUGUCUUAACAUGACAUGAAGAAAUGACACUUUUUUUAAGAAUUGUUAAAUAUAUAUAUAUAUAACAUAAUUAUCAGAAUCAAAUGUAUUAGACUGAAUGUUUUUCAGUUCACACACACACACACAAAGUGGAUAUGAAUGUUUUAGUUCAGUUAUCACUUAUUUACAAAUUUAAGACUUUAAAAAAAUCCAUGCAUGCACCUGUAUAUUUGUGUGGCCUAACAGAAGGUUUCCUGGCCCAGAGUUUUCUUGGCACGUUCAACACUGUAUUUUACCGAACUGAACUGGCCCGACAAGUGACACAUUUGACUGAUUUUAGAUCUGUGAACGUGUCACAUGCACUGCAGACACAUGAUGGGAAUAAGUAGUUAAAUUGAUGCUGGAGAACUGGUUGCAAGGGAAAAUCAAUGUAUGUGUUUACAUGCCUUUUUCCUGUGUGUCCUAGUAGUGCUGUGGUGAAGGGUUUAUGAAAUCAAGAGUUAUAUUUUUCAAAAUCCUUGGAUUACCUGAAGGUACCUGUAUAAUCCUUCAGAUCUCCCUAAACGUUUAUUUUACUCUUUUUAUUUGUGCCUUUUUAUUCAAUGAAAACGGAGCAUUUCAACUUGAAAUCUCUUUCCACCAGCAGAUUUUGUGUUUUCAUCAAACCUUACGGUGUAACCCCCAUAUCUUCUGCCUGUGUCGGAUAUGAUAUUGUUAGGUUUGGUGUUACUUAUACAGGAUGCCGAUUAGACACGAUCAACAGCCGUCACCAUUGGAGCUAAUGUCCUGGUACCAAGCUGUGUUUAUUUGGGGUGGACUGAGGAAGACUGGAUGCAAACUUUUACUGAGAAUCCAAAUCAUGUGGCAUGUUAGCUGUUAAUAAAUAUUAAGUAAAAUAAA